GCGAUAGAAACCCGUGAGACGACCUCUUUAAACACUUCUGCUCGAUCAACAUGGAGCGAGAUCUAGAAAGGCCCGGGGGAAAAGGAAGUAUCCAGUCUGUUCAAGUCUUCGGAAGAAAGAAAACUGCUACUGCUGUGGCCCAUUGUAAGCGUGGUAAAGGUAUUUUGAAAGUUAAUGGACGUCCUCUGGAUACCCUAGAACCAGCUGCAUUGCGAUACAAGCUGCAAGAACCCAUACUAUUAUUAGGCAAAGAAAGAUUUUCUGAAGUUGACAUUAGAGUGAGAGUAAAAGGCGGUGGACGAGUUGCACAAAUAUAUGCAAUCAGACAAGCUAUAUCGAAAUCAUUGGUAUCGUACUACCAAAAAUAUGUUGAUGAAGCCUCAAAGAAGGAAAUAAAGGACAUCUUGGUACAAUAUGAUAAAACAUUGCUUGUAGCUGAUCCAAGGAGAUGCGAACCAAAGAAAUUUGGUGGUCCUGGACCCCGUGCUCGUUACCAGAAAUCUUAUCGUUAACAUUAAUUUCUUCCUUCGGAAUGAAAUGGGAAUUGUAAAACAAAAUAAAGCUUGAUUUCUGGGAA